AUGUUUGUGUGGUCUGCGGCUGUAUUGAUUUUUUCUUCUGUUGUCCCAACGUUUGCCCAAUAUGGAUGCAUAUCAGAGUUGACAUUUGGCAAGGCUUGUCCUCAAAACAAAACAUCUACUAAGUGGUUCUUCGACGCCAAACUCUCAUUUUGCUACCCAUAUCAAUUCCUUGGUUGCGAUGAAGGAUCAAACUCUUUUGAGUCCAGCGACAUUUGCCUGGAAUCUUGUAAACCAGCCGACCAAUUUUCGUGCGGUGGAAACACUGACGCUGAUGGUAUAUGCUUUUCUCCAAGUGACAGUGGAUGUAAAAAAGGGACGGAUUGUGUGAUGGGAGGGAAUAUCGGAUUCUGCUGCAAUAAGGCUACACAAGAUGAAUGGAACAAAGAGCACUCGCCAACGUGCUCCAAGGGAAGUGUAGUCCAAUUCAAGCAAUGGUUUGGAAUGACUCCGUUGAUAGGCAGGAACUGUGCACAUAAAUUCUGUCCAGCUGGUUCAACUUGUAUCCAAGGAAAAUGGACUGCACAUUGCUGCCAAUAA